AUGGCGGCCUACGCCCAAACCAUUCCUGGGCUGCAACCCAACACUGUACAGACUGCACCCUUAUCCGUCACCACGCCGCCCCGGAUCAACCCUAGAUCCAACCAGACGGGCGCUGUCAUGUUCGUUCCGCACCCUCUCACGCCGCGACCGCACUCCCCUACUCCAAAUCCCCCGCCGAUCUGGUCCGGCGUCAUCACCGGUGACCGGAGAUCGUUCGCACAAGUGCUGCAGUCGCCCCCACCGAUGGAUCGUCGCUAUGGUGGUCCUAGGCGUUCCCCACCGAGAACAUCGCCGCCGAGAAACUACUUUGCCAACCGUCCUCGACCUGGAUCUGAGGCGGAUCGUCGUGAUAAGCAAUGCCGCUGGGAGGAUGAAAGGCGCCGAGAGGCGGAUUGGAGGUUUGAUGAAGAGCGUCGAAGAGAGGAAGACAUGAGAGCAUCAGAUCAAGAGCGGCUCCGCAUGGAGGAGCGCCGCCGUGUCGAGGAGCAUCGCCGCCUGGAUGAAGAUCGCCGUCGGGAGGCAUCACGCAUCUUUGAGCGUGUGGCCCGCGAAAGGGCGCCGGCGGACAAGCGGCGCAAGGAGGAUGAAGCUCGCGCGCGCGAACGCUGGGCACAUCGAUCUGAGAUGUUGCCUGGUGCUUCUUCGCAUCUGGAAGAUCUACAUAGAUCUAUCGAUGUAAGUUUGAACACCUCCUCUUCUAUACCACAUCCAGUUGCAGCUGCAGGGUCCGAUAGAGUAGAAGUUAGCUUGAAUCAACAACAGUCCGUUUCUAGCUUGAAUGUCUCUCCGUUAGCUCCCGCUGUGCCUGAACCGGUGGGGUCCUCUGUACCUCCACCUGCUCUUGGCUUGAAUGUCACUGGUUCUAAAGCUGCUGACACUAGAUUCAUCAAGUUUAAAGGUUCCUGCAUGAAUUGCUUUGGUGAACACCAUAUAAAUGUUUGUCAGAAUAGAGAACCAUGGGACUACAAGGAACCUUUCUUUGGCAGUGAAGAGUUUGGGUUUGGGUUGUAUUCGAUUCAUGUAUCUGAUAUAGAGGCCCACCUGUGGAGCAGUUGA